AAUAGUUGAGAUAUGAAUUAAUUAAGGGAAACCUCUGAAAAAAUAAGCAUAAAUAAUUAUGGUAGUGUGACGCCAAAUCCGCGUGGAAGCAGAGUCAUGAAUCAUCCUACUACCGCCAUUCCUUGAUCGAAGUCGAAACCCCACUCAGUAAGAAAUCGUGUAUAAAUACACCUCCCAUAUUCAUAUUCUUCAAUAUUCAUCUAUCAAUUUUCACAACCUCUCUAUGCGCUUCACUCCUUUAUCAUGACCCGCAACAUCCCCAAUUCCCUCACCGAUUCCGCUCAAACGCGUUUCAAACUCGCCAUCUCUGCCUCCGAUCCUUGGCCCUUUUCUUUUUGAUUCUCCUCCCAAUUUUUAAUUUCUACUUCCAAUUGUGCAUAGUAAUUAAGAAGAUGGGAAGCGGCGGCCACCACCUGAUCAAUUUCCAUCUCCACCACGGCGGGCGGCGGGGAAUCCCCAAGGGAUGCGUGGCGAUUACGGUGGGCCAGGGCGCGGAGCAGCAGCGCUUCGUUAUUCCGGUCAUCUACGUCAACCACCCGCUCUUCACGGAGCUGCUCAAGGAGGCGGAGGAGGAGUACGGCUUCGAUCAGAAAGGUCCGAUCAAUAUCCCCUGUCACGUCGAGGAGUUUCGUCAGAUUCAAGGCUUGAUUGAUCAGGACGCGACGUCGCACCACCACAUCCACCACCACCACCACGCGCAUCACCACCAGUUCUUGUGCUUCAGAGCUUGAUAUGAAUUAAUUGUGAUUCUUCCUUUAGUUGCCCUUAUUGACUUAAUUAGGGUUUCGUUUCAUCCUUAGAUAGGGAUUGAAAUUUGAAGGUGUGUGCUUAUUACUGAUUUUUUAAUCAAACCAGGAUUCGUGAUUCCUGUUAA